GCCUUCCCUUCUCUUCCAUUACCUUUUCUUACUGAAUUUGCAGGUCCCUUUCUCUUUCUAUCACUUCUCCAGUUAGGGUUUUCCUCUUUGAGGCUCAGCACCAGGCCCCCUGCAAUAAAUCUGUGAAUUGUUUCACACCCUUCACUGGCCAAGGGCUACCUUGUAUCUUGGUAGGAGCAAAGAAGCAUCCUCCUCAAAGAGCUCAUAUAAGGGAAAAGGUACUUCCCUUUUUUUUCUUCUGAUCAAAAGACGCAGAUCAAAAACAGUGUGAAAAUGGCUUCCUCCAGCUCUUACAAUUCACCCUGUGCUGCUUGCAAGUUCUUGAGGAGGAAAUGCAUGCCAGGUUGCAUCUUUGCACCUUACUUCCCACCAGAGGAACCCCAAAAAUUUGCCAAUGUUCACAAGAUCUUUGGAGCAAGCAAUGUGACGAAGCUCCUCAACGAGCUCCUCCCUCACCAAAGAGAGGAUGCAGUGAAUUCCCUUGCCUAUGAAGCUGAGGCAAGAGUAAGAGAUCCAGUUUAUGGCUGUGUUGGUGCCAUCUCUUUCCUGCAGAGACAGGUUCAAAGGCUCCAGAAAGAACUUGACGCAGCCAACGCUGAUUUGAUUCGUUAUGCCUGCAACGACAUCCCAACUGCCUUGCCUGCACCGCCAGGGGUGAGCUCGGUUCAACCUCUAACUCCCCGUCACAGGCCAGCUGAUUUUAAUAGAAGGAUUGGUAGUGAAGGAGCUGGAGGCUUCUAUCACCCCACCGGUGCUUUCCCCCUCCCUUAUUCUUUUCCCUGGAAUGAUAACUCUUCUGGUGACAUCAACGAUGGAGGAGGAGAAGGCGGCAUGUGAAAUCCAACCAAGACAAGUUCCAAACUGUCGGCCCCCAUUUAGGGUUUUUCAAUCUGGGGCAUGGCUCUUGGUGUGUGAUGCUACUUAUAUAUUUUUAGUUAAGGUUUCUGGCUAGCCUCUCUCGGUGCCUCUCGCUUGGACUCUCCCUAGCUAGAAUUUCACUUAACUUUCUAUUGUUUUCCUUCCUAUUAAUUUGGUGGGUUGAGUUCUCCUUUUUUUUUGCUCUCUGAUCUCUUUGCCCUGCUAAUACCAGGGGCUUAAAAAUGUGUCAUCAGUGUACUAUUUUGUGGGAGUUGGGACCUAAAUAAGUGGUCUAGAGCCAUCUAGUUUGGCUGCUAAACCAUUUGUUGUGCAGCAAGCAGCAGCUCUCUAGGCGUGAGUGCAUGUGGCGUUUGCUCUUCUCUUUCUGUCAUUGUUUAUGCUUAAGAAUAAAAAUGAAAUAGCUGCAGCUAGUUUCAAGG